CGGAUAUUCAAAUGGGGUUCACCCUAGAAAGGUAACUCCGCCAGCACACAAGAGGGAGUCCUCUUUCAUCAUGCAAUAUGCCUAAGGAUUUGUAUGUAAGUCCUUCGCACUCAAGUUGCAUCGCUGGCCUUCGUAUGCGUGUUCCAUAUCCUUCAAAGGAUGCCUACCACGAUGCCGAUCCGCUCAUAGAGCUUGUAGCGAAGGAGACCACGAGUAUCCACGAUGUUAGGAGGGUAUCAGCGACGGAAACGGCCCGUGACGGCUUGCCAGCCGUGUUACCAAAAAAAGCAGAGGUGCGACCGUCAAGUGCCAUGUUCGAAUUGUAUGCGCCGCAAGCAGCCGGAACUCUGCCAUUAUGCGGCCGUGACGAUUAGGCAACACUCCGGCGAAGCUGGUUCUUCUACCUCUCUCCAGGAAUGCAGGUCCUACAGGCAGUCCAGCGAUUACGAAUGUUCUCCGUCUCAAAACACUGCAGUUCCUCGUCAUGACAUCAUCGAUGAUAAGCGUCAUCCCAUAGAACGGUUGUUGGACAAGUUCGGUUUCUCUCCUUGCGUCAAGUUCGAGUCCCAGGACAUCUCAGCCGGUCUCGUUUUGACCUUGCAGGAUUGCUUCGAGGCAUAUCCGAGACGUUCCAUUACAGACACCUUGGUCCAAAGCUUCUUCGAAGAUAUUAGGCGGUCGGGCCAGCAGUUGGAUCAGGCUCUGUUCUCGGAGUCGUACAAAGAAUGGUGGAAUCAAGCGCCCGUGCAGGGACUGGAGCAGGUGAUGUUUGGUAUCCUAUUGUUAAGAGUGUGUUGCAUCGGCUCAGCAUUUCUUCAAUCGGGGACAUCAAUGAACAAGCAGAUUCUGGCAAUCGGAAUAUCGGAAGUUUCGACACAUUGCGACAAGCUUGCAAAUAGGAUCCAAGACUUGAUUCAGGGCAUGCCCGGCACCAAGUCCACCAUUUAUGUCCAAAUCAUUUAUCUGGAUGCAGUUUACCACUCGAUUCAAGGCCACAUAGAGACUGCGUGGUACAAACUCAGUAGUGCUAUUCGCAUAGUGCAGCACAUAGGCGUGAACGUGAACCCGCAGGGCGCCCAGCACAACGGGGGAUUGAAGUCCGAAAUUCAGGCGCACCAUCUUAUGUUUCUAGACGUCUUAAUCAUGGAUUCAAUCCUCUGCUUCUUCCUUGAUCGGCCACCAACAGUCUCUGAGAAGCGCUUCAUCGACCUUCAGUCUGCAGAAGUCGGCUAUCACACCAAUCCGCGUCUCGAAAGCGAGCCUAGUCUAUACACUGAGCUAAUGCUCCAGGCUAAACUCUGGCAACUCUGGACAGCUAUGAAGGAGGAGGACGGUGGAGCCACUUUCAAGUCAAAAUCGAUCCCAACUCAAGUUGAGCAGCGAUACCGUCGACUGAAAAGGUCGUUCAUCGACCAACUUCCCAACGCUUUCAACCUCGAUCAUCCAGACAAGCAAUGGGACCAGCAAAAUUUGAUAUUGAAACACCAGCGCGAGUGGCUCCACGUUAACAUACUCAUGGUUCAAUGCGGUAUCCUCCAGGAUUCCCUGCUAUUAGACCAAGCAGCACUUGCAGGGAUGAGCCAGAGCGAGAGAAGUAUGACACAUAAACAUGUCAAGCUUCUUGCCAACAGCACAGCUGCACUGCGAGAAGCCCUUUCCAGUCUCCACAGCCUCUCAGGCUUCGCAAAGGGUGCCAUUGCCAUCCUACAGCCCUUUGCUACAAGAUCGGCCAUUCUAGCCGGUUUAUCCUUUAUAAACAUUCGCAGCAUGCACGCAGGCAGCAGACCCUCCCGAUCAUGGCCGGACUAUCAGUCAGAGGACGCUAUAUCACUGAAAGCAUGCAAGUCGCAUAUUCAUGAGACGCUCAUCUCAUUGAUGGCCUCGCAAGACGACCCAUCCUCGGCGAACGAGACGAAAUCACUGCAAGCCAUAUUGGGAAGAAUGGAUGACCUCAGCGCCAGGGAUGUGAACAUCGACGUUAUAAGAAACGACUUGACUCCGCAACAGUUUUCUGAUCAAUCCUUGAUAGGCGGUAGCCUGGGCGAGAGUCCUAACUUCCCCCUCCUAGCGACUUCGGAUUUCGUAGACCGACCUGCAAGUUUCACCAGCCCGCCAUCAAUGUAUGAGUUCGAGGAAAUCCAAAACAACAACAUGCAGAACAACGAUUAUCUCUCAAUGUUCUUUGAUAUCACGAACUCGAGCCACUAAGGUGCUGCUAUGGCGUUGAACCUGAAACGCGUCACAUCUUUUAAUAUGCCAAAUUUCGAUACCUAACGUCCCUGUACAGAGAAAAGAUUAUAAGGAAAAGUAGACUAUAAAAUUAAUAUAUAUAUACUAAUAAGCAAAGCUAGAAGUUACUGUCUUAUAGUAAAUUCGAG